GACAGCUUAGUCAAGAAAGUGCCUAAAAUUAUAAAAGAAACUGAUCCGAGGUCAGCAACUUGCCAAAAUACAGUAUUCAAGAGAAUAUGCAGUACGCCAUUAAUUAGCAGGAGUGAGGAGACUUUCCAGAAAGGCUUCCAUGGCUAGAGGAAGGACCAUUAAGAACCCCUUCAUCAGUCUAACUCCAAGGUCAUUAUGUCAGUUGAUCUCAGCCUCGCCACUGACUUCACUCUUUUCUUCCAAGAAGACAUCACCAUCCCUCUUUAUCUUCAUCCUCUCGUUUGUAGUUUCUUUCGCUUUCUUGGGAAUUUCCGUUCUCAGGUUCUUUCCUAGUUCCCAAGAUUCAAUCCAAUGUUCCAUCGUAUCUCCAUCAUCCCCAUCUUCACAAUCACUCCCUACUUUUUCAUCUUCCCACUCUCAGAUUAUCUUGGCAGCUUUACUUGCGGGGAUAAACUCUUACAAUGAGAAUGAACCGAGGCUUGGCAGCAGUGCAAUGGUGCCGCUGCCAGUUCAUGUGGUUUCUGGGAACUUAUCUGAGGAGGAAAGAGAGUUCUGGCAGCAGCCAGAUGGCAACGGGUACCGGCCUUGCUUGGAAUUCAGUAUAGGGUACCGGAAAAAGUCCGCCAAGAUUUCAGGGGAGAAAAACAGGUUCUUGGUUGUGGUGGCUGCGGGGGGAUUGAAUCAGCAGAGGAAUCAGAUUAUUGAUGCUGUUGUUAUAGCUAGAAUUCUGGAAGCUUCGUUAGUUGUGCCAAUCUUGCAGGUCAACCUGAUUUGGGAAGAUGAAAGUGAAUUUUCGGACUUAUAUGACGUGGAACACUUCAAGAGGACGUUACGAGCUGACGUACGAGUUGUAUCUUCACUACCCUCCACACAUUUGGCGGCGAAACAGACCAUUGUAAACCAAAUUCCUUACAAUGUGUCUCCGCUUUGGAUCCGCGCUAGAUUCUUCAAACGACUCAAUCAAGACGGUGCUCUUGUACUCGGAGGAUUAGACUCAAAGCUUUCCAAGAAUCUUCCACCAGAUCUGCAGAAGCUUAGGUGCAAGGUCGCCUUCCACGCAUUAAGAUUUUCCAGGCCGAUUCUUCAGCUUGGCAAUCAACUUGCGAGGAGAAUGUGGAUUGAAGGUCCAUAUAUUGCCCUUCAUCUCCGGCUGGAGAAAGAUGUGUGGGUUCGAACCGGAUGUCUCACUGGUUUAGGUCCAGAAUAUGACAAAAUCAUCACCCAAAUUCGGGAGUCUCAGCCCCGGUAUCUCACUGCAAGAGUGAACAUGAACUACACUCAACGAAGGCUCUCUGGACUGUGCCCCCUAAAUGCAUUAGAGAUGGCAAGGCUCUUGAAGUCUUUAGGGGCGCCAAGAAGUGCUCGAUUGUACAUUGCUGGAGGAGAGCCAUUUGGUGGCACCAGAGCUUUGCAGCAACUUGCUGCAGAAUUUCCACAUUUGGUGAGGAAGGAGAUGUUGGCACGCGAGGGAGAACUCUCGCCAUUCCUCAACAGCUCCUCUGCUCUAUCUGCAAUUGACUACAUCGUCACAUUUAACAGCGACAUCUUUAUACCUUCCCAUGGAGGAAACAUGGGUCGAGCCUUGCUUGGACACCGUGCUUACAUGGGUCAUAGGAAAUGUAUAAGGCCAAACAAAAGAACCAUUCUUCCUUUCUUUGAAGACCCCUCCAUUUCUGAAGAAGAACUCAGAAAAAUCAUAAGAUCGCUGCACAAUAAAUAUCUGAAGUCUGAGCCAAGUAAGAAAGAGAAAACCAAAGACGUAAUUGCGUUUCCAUUGCCUGAAUGCAUGUGUAGACAGGGCACAGGUGUUUACUGAGCAACUCUAUGAAUAGAUUCAAUUUGUACGCCAUCUGUGAUGGAUUUGUUGUUUUCUUUACACUAGAAUCCCGUAUAGCAUUUUGUUCAUACUAUUUUCUUGUCUAUUCAGCCCUUUUUUUUUCCUGUUCCCCCUUUGGAGUGAAGGCCAAAGGGGACAUUGUAGCAUGACCCUGUUUCCAUCUUGUCCAACGUUGAUCUGAGAAUCCUGUAAUAUUUCCAAGUAAGGUGUUCUUUUAUUCUUAAAAUGAUUACUUAUACAAUAGUAGUAUAUAUUUUUUUCCUUGA